CUCUCGUCUGAAUUUUGUCAUUAUUAUGAUAGAGCGAAAGUGUGCCGUAGUUUAAUACACUGCUAAUUAUAAAUAUGGUAAAUUGCUUUACAAUCAGAUAGAAGUUCGAACUUCAUCAAUAAAUCUUAAUUUCGUCCUACUUACAUUGACUUGCCGUUAUUCAUGCUGGUAAUUCUCGGUGUCAUGAAAAUGGCGCAGCUCGCCUUCAAGCGCAAUGACCGUCGAGCAUUUCGAGAUGUGCACAGAGGCAUGACAACGACAUCAAUGCAUGAUCGGGGAGGAGAACAUCAUAUCUCGCUUGGCAUCUCAGCAGAUAUGCCAACAGUCUCCCCAUACCGUCCACAUCAAUGCCUAAUCCGCCAGAGGUCAAAAGCCAUGAUCGUUCGUCACGAGCAACAACGACUUCCAUGGACGAGGCGUGACAGCACGGCGAUCGACACAGCUAGCCUGUCGGACGUUCUGACUGACGAUGAGACCAUCAGCAUCAAGGCCAGCACCAUAGAGCCUCCAUACUCCCCGAUACACUGUCUGGUCAGUGAGGAGUCCAACGGUUCGCAGUCGUCCUCCAUGUCGCCGUCGCCAAUCCCACUCGCUAACGAAGGAAAUAUAACAAAGGGCAUGAUGAAAGAAUCGGCAAGCCUGAGAACCUCCUCGCGGCACUGUGGACCAUGCUGCGAGUACGGAUCGCUGCCGUUCCAUCGACACGACAAGAUUGCCUGGAACUCGUUAGUCAAUGAUAACCAUGCGGUGUCUUCGGAGGAGAAGAAUGCGGCCAUGCUGAGGAUCAGUCUCUGGGCAAUCCGAGACUAUGCUAUGACGAUGAGGAGAAAGCGAGUUGAUGGCGGUGCUGCUGCAAGAAGCAGGGACGGCUUGACCUUGUUCGGGCCACACAGCACCUCUUCAAGCAACAGAUCCCGAAGAACAGUCUGCACUCCUCCACGAAGUCACACGGACCACACUUCUGAUGAUGCGUUGUACCUCAGGGAGAAGGAUGGUCAUUUGGGACACACCACGAUCAAGAUUAUGUAGACGGAGAGCCACGGGGAAGACCUGCCAAGAGACGACGUGUCAUGUGUCAUAAGCCUUGGAGUCCUCGACAGGAGCAGACUCUGCGAGCGGGAUGGAACAAGAGCAGAGCUGGGAAGAUAUAGCCACAAGACUGGACCGAACGCCUGGAGGAGUGAGGCAGCAUUGGAUGAUGAUGGAGCGCAGGUUCAGUCCGAGGAAGCGUGGAGUUUGGAGACCAUCGGACUGAUGGGUCUCUA